AUGGCAUACGAAAGGGAACUGGAUGUGGCUCUCCGAGCAGUUCACCGCGCUAGUCUGGCAACCAAGAAGGUCCAACGUCAAGGACAAGAUAAAGGCGUGUCGGACAAGAGCGAUGCCACGCCCGUCACCAUUGCCGACUUUGCCGCCCAGGCGCUCCUAAUCGGCGCCGUACACGACGCAUUCCCAGAGGACGUCUUUAUCGCCGAGGAGUCCUCGGACAUUCUCAAGGGCAAUGCCGACCUGCUACAGCGGGUCUGGGAUCUCGUCCUCUCCGUCGGCCCUCUCGACGGCCUGCCCGUGCCGAGCACCAAGGAGGAGAUGCUGGACCUGAUUGACCUCGGCAGCAAGACGUCCAAGGAAAUCGUUGAAAGCCGGACAUGGAUUCUGGAUCCGGUCGAUGGCACCAAGACCUUUAUGAAGGGCCAGCAGUACGCCGUGUGUCUCUGCUUGUUGGAAAACGGCGUCCAGAAAGUCGCCGCGCUCGGCUGCCCCAAUCUCCUGUACGACCCCGAUACACCCCUAGUCACGGAGGAUAUUGUCGACACGGAAGGCAACGGCAUCAUUGUUGGGGCAGUAGCCGGCCAAGGCACCUUCUUCGUGCCGCUAGACAACUUUGCAGACCACGCCGCCCGCCGGACCGCCAAGCUGGACACCUUGCCGCCGUAUCCCGGCUCGCUGCGCUUUAUUGACUCGGAAGAGUCAUCGCACGUGUCCAAGCGGCAUCACGAGUACCUCUACCGGACGGCGUUUCCCCACGCCUCCCACCGCUCCGCCACGCUCAGCGACAGCUUGUGGCCCGAGGACGUCUGGGCCAUGCAGAUGAAGUACAUUGCCAUUGCCCUCAAUGCCGCCGACGCCACGUUUCGCAUCCCCGGUGAUCCAAAGUUUUACGCCUCCGUCUGGGAUCACGCCGGCGGCCAGCUUAUUUUGGAAGAAGCGGGAGGGACCGUCACUGACAGCGCUGGAAAGAAAUUUGACUUUUCCAAAGGCCAAAGGAGUUUUGCCGACGGAAAUUGGGGGUUUGUCGUCGCAAGAAGCGGCGAGGUGCAUCAGGCAGUGCUAAAGGAAGUUCAGGGCCUGAUCAGCAGUGGACUCAAGAAAUGA